AUGUGGACCGUUCUACGAUUCGUGGCGAUUGUAUUGGUUCUGAUGGCGAAAAGAUGCCUGGUGUUAGGAAAAUUUUGUUACGAAAGUGAAAAAGUCCCCAAACUAGUGCAGAACAAAACGAAGGGAGUGGAGUAUGGUGUGUGCAAUUACUAUUGCAUGUUUUCCGAGCACAGUUUUCCUGUUUCGGUCCCAAUUGAAAAAUCAACGUGUUCUUUGGAGUAUGAAUUUCGCCAGAAGCAAGUGUGCUGCGAGGGAUAUCAUCGUUACGGAAACGUCUGUAUGCCAUCCUGCAAACAGAAAUGUGUUUUUGGAGAAUGUACCGAACCAGAUACUUGUAGUUGUUAUUCCGGUUAUAGAAAAAUCGACGAUUUUCGAUGCGAACCGAUAUGUGAUACUCCCUGUGACAAUGGUCGGUGUGUGGCACCGAAUUCAUGUCUCUGCAACGAUGGCUUUCAGCAAAAUGAAUACGGAAUUUGUGUCGAGCAAUGUGAGAAAAUCUGUCAAUUUGGAUGGUGCAAAGAGAAUCAGUGUCAUUGCUACGAGGGAUACAUGCUGGAUCCGUUGAAUGAAGAACGUUGUGUGCCGGAAUGUGAUCCCGAAUGUCAGAAUGGCACCUGUGUUCAGCCGAACGUGUGCCAAUGUGGGGCAGGAUACACUUUAUCAUCAACGGAACAAUUCACUUGCUUACCAGUUUGCAACGGAUUAUGUCAGCAGUGCGUGGCACCUGGAGUGUGCCUGUGCGAAGAAGGCUAUCGACUGAACGAACUGAAUCAAUGUGUUCCGAGAUGCGAACAUGUUAAUUGUACAAACGGAAAUUGUGUUGGCCCUGAAAUCUGCGUGUGCAACGAAGGAUACACGCAAUCGGAUGUCGGCUGCGUGCCGAUGUGUGAAUCCGGUUGCCUGAAUGGUAAGUGUGUCGCUCCCGGAGUCUGCGUAUGUGAUGAUUUGUACCGGAAAGGAGUAUACGAUACAUGUGAACCGUUUUGCCCGGAUGGUUGCUUCAAUGGGUACUGCUCUGCUCCGGGAGUAUGCCAGUGCAAGGCAGGAUACACGUACAAUCAACAGCACGGAUAUUGUGAGCCUGUCUGUAGAAGACCAUGCGAGAAUGGAGUCUGCACUGAACCGGACCGGUGUACGUGCAAUAAAGGAUAUCAACUAGAUAAUUUCAAGUGUGUUCCCAAGUGUAGUAAGCCUUGCAUUAAUGGAAAAUGUAUUGCUCCUGAUGUUUGUGAAUGUAACCAUGGAUAUAUGAAGGUCGACAAGUACAAAAAUGUGUGCGAAGCUAAAUGUACGAAUGGAUGCUCAAACGGGAAAUGUAUUGGGCCUGAGCGAUGCGAAUGUCUUCCAGGAUACUUCGCGACCAUAAGUGCAAUUAACUCGAAAAAAUCCGUCUGCACUCCAUACUGCAAGAACAAAUGCAUCAAUGCCUACUGCAUCAAACCAAAUGUGUGUCAAUGUAUUUCCGGUUAUCGAUUUACUGAUAACAGCAGUAGUGUUUGUGAGCCGAUUUGUGAUGAAAGUAGGGUUGACUGUAGAAACGGUCGUUGUGCUGAGCCAAACUUGUGUGAGUGUGACGACGGUUACAGGCUAACGAUCCGAAGCGGAAUAAUGGUUUGUGAGCCGAAAACUUGCGUUGAGGAUUGUGUCAAUGGUUACUGUGAUGGAAGUGGAUCAUGUGUCUGCUCGAAGGGCUACAGCAAGUCGGAAACCUACGAACAUAUUUGUGAACCGUACUGUGAAGACGGUUGUAUGAAUGGAGUUUGCCUGGCUCCGAACAUGUGCGUUUGUCGAAAUGGAUUUGUCAGUACUACGAAUGGCAUUUGUGAACCCGUUUGUGACAGUACAGUAGUUAACUGUUCGAAUGGAGUUUGUCUAGGGAGCAAUAAAUGCCAGUGUGUGGAUGGGUACUAUGCGAAGAAAAGUGUCACUGGGAUAAUCGAGUGUGUUCCUCUUUGUCUAUCAAAUUGUUCCAAUGGAAGCUGCAUAGCACCAGGAAAAUGUGAGUGCGAUGAAGGGUAUAGAUUCAAUGCGGUGCGACACGUUUGCGAACCAGUUUGUGAACCUCAAUGUGAACACGGAGACUGCAUAGAACCAAAUUUUUGUAUGUGUCACGAUGGCUUCGUUCCUGAAAGCGAAAAUUCUGACAAAUCGACUCAUAAAUGUAUUCCAUACUGUGAUUCACGUGUUGUCGAUUGUGAUAAUGGGAUCUGCGGGGGUCACAACUUUUGCCGCUGCAAUGAAGGUUUCUUCUCCGCUUACAACAGUGACGGAAUACAAAGUUGUCAACCAAUUCCGGUUCCGGCGGUUUUGGAAUGUCAAUUGCCCGUAUCUGCUUGUGUUUGUGCGAAUUCUUCCUUAGUUUCAUCUAGUAAUUUUUCUCAUUGUCCCGAGACUACGGUACCAUCAUGUGAGUGUUCCACACCAGCACCAUGCCCUCAGCUAUCUUGUCCUUCACCAAGUGUUUCACAGUGCAAACCUGAUCUUCCUAAUGUUGAAUAUUUCCUCUGCGACGAAAACUACGUUGAUUGCAGUCAGGGAACCUGUCUGGGAAAUAACAUCUGCCAUUGUGAUCCUGGCUAUCGAAAAGCCGUUGACGAAGAAGAGGUGAUUUAUUGUGAACCGGUGUGUGAAAUACCUUGUACGAAUGGAAUGUGUGUUGGGCCCAAUCUGUGUGAGUGUUUUGUUGGUUACGUAGAUGACGGUUUUGGCUCCUGCCACCCAAGUUGUCCGGAACCGUGUGUAAAUGCAGAUUGUGUUGCACCGAAUACUUGUCGAUGUUGGUCAGGGUUCGAAGAGGAAUGGGAUGGUGUUUGCCGGAAGACCUGUACACCUGCUUGUAUCGAUGGCAUUUGUGUGGAUGGAAAGUGUGUUUGCGAGGAAGGAUGGGAGCUUGAUUUCAAUAAUGCCUGUAAGAGUGUAGAACAACGCGAGAAAUAUACUGAUGAGAUUAGUGAAGCUGUAAUUGGCAAUAAAUGUGAAGAAGGAUUUAAGUUUUCAAAUGUUUUCCAAGAUUGUUUACCGAUAUGUGUAGGUUGUAAAUACGGACACUGCAUCGCUCCGAAUGUAUGCCAAUGUCAUCUAGGAUUCGUACGAAUGUUUAUCGACGGGAUAGGGUCCUGCCAGCCAGAUGAUUCAAUCGAGAAAUCCACAAUCGAUACAGAAUUAGCAGAAUUAGAAGCCUCUAAUGAGGUUCUUGUGCAUACCAACCAUGAAUUUCAGUUCUUCUCGAUUUUCAAUCGAGCCCAUCUGAUAAUUGGCCUGUUGGCAUCAUCCAUUGCUUUACUCAUAAUGAUCAUUUCAUACUGGAUAUGCACUUAUCUCAGGAAAGAGAACUCGUUUCCCUCCGAAACCACAAUUAAUUAAAAUAUCGGUUACAUUCAGCUUUAAUCCAACA